AUGUCUUAAAAAAUUGCUGCAUUUCUUUAGAGACUAGUAGAAAAUUAUUUAGAUUUAUUUACUGUUGCUUGCUAAUAGCGAAAUCAAUUAGCCUUGCAAUUAUUCAGAAUAGCGUUUAUAAUCAAUGGUUUAUAAGAAUUAUCAUUAAUGGAGGACGCCUUCCAUUAAAGCGAUACAAAGUAUUUAGUAAUUCAAAUUUCUAGACUUUUCUAUUCUAGUUUAAAAGAGUCUUUACCAACUACUUAAUUAAUCAGAUUUGAAAGCAAUUCUAUUCUGUCUUUACUUCUGAUCACACACAUCAUAAUUAAUUUUUUUGUGUUUGGAAACCUAUAUUUUAUAAAGAAACAAUCAUAUCUUCACAUAGUAACCUUAUCAUUCAUAUUGAUUGAAAACUAUGUCCUUUAAUAUCCUACCUUAAAGGCAAUUUUCUAUUUUAAUAAUAAAUUAUAAGCAGACUACUAUAUUUAUUUAAUUUCGAUUUUAAACUUAAUAAUGUACCUACAAAUAGUCAUCACCUAAUACUCAUGGAGAUAAACUUAAUUAAUUGAUUUAUAAGGAUUAAUAAGAGCUAAUAAUCUUAAAUUAGAAAUAUUGUGUCAUUUAAUUCUAAUUUUAUCUAUUGGAUUGAAUGAAAUUUCUAAAAUUUCUUCUUAUAUUUUAAUUAUGAUAAAAUAAAUUAUUAAAUUAGGGAUGAAUUUUAAUUCAUAUAAUCACAACAGUAGAUUUUUGGUUUAUUAUAAUAUAACAUAAAUUAUCUAUUUGACUGCAUUGUCAUUCAAUAUUGAAAUGAUAUACUCACUAUUAAUUUUGAGUUUUGCUUUAUAAUUAAUCUAAAAAUUAGAAUCUUUAAUUUAUGAAAAGCAUUUGUUGUAAUUUGAAAUUUCUCUCUAAAAAUGUUAAAUUUAUGAGCUUUUAUUUAAUUAAUCUGAAAAAACAUCAAAAAUUUUGUUAUAGUAAUCUUUAUUUCAUAAGAGCUUUUAAUAAAAUUAAAAAAGUAAAAAUAAAAAAAAUAAACCUGGUUUUGUUUUUACUAAUUAAUAGGAUAUUCUUUAUUAUUUAAUUAGAUACUGUCACUUUAAAUAGAAAAUGCUGAUUUAAAUUUUAUGCAAUUAUGAUUUACAAACCAAACCUCAAAAAACACUUAUUUCAUUUAUGAAAUAUUAUAAAAUAUACAAUAUUUAUGAUAAAGCAUAUGCUUAAUCAUUUCAAAAGCAAUUAAAUUAUAUAAUUAAUAUUAAUUAGUCCUACUUUAAUGGUCGAGUUUAGUCGAUAAAUAAUAUGGAUAAUCAAACAAUAGUCUAAGCUCUUGUAAAUAGCGAUAAUGCAAUAGAGUAUAUCGAAAAAGUAGUUUAAAGUAAAAUCGUUUUAUUAGAAUCUCUUAGAAAAGGAUUUUCUUAAUAAAUCGAAAUUUUAGAAUAAGUUGAUGACUAUACCAAUAAUAUCUUUCUAUGUAGAAAUUUUAUUUUAAAAUAAUAUGAAAUAAAAAAAUAUAAAUUAAAACAGUGCCUAAGCACAGAUAUCUUAAGCUUAAGAAUAUUAUAAAUGUAUUUUGGAAUGAUUUUGAAUGAUAUUAAAGAGGUAUUUAACUUUAUAAUAAUAAUAGAGCAAAAUUAUUGAAAAGCUUAUUGAAGAUUUAAUCAAGUCUGACAAAAUAUAAUAAGACACAACAAUAAACAAUCAGAUUUUGCUUUAAAGUAUAUGAUUCAAAUAUCUAAAUAGACCGUUAUAUGAUAUUACACACAAGUUUAAUUAAUAAAAGAGGAAAAUUGAUUAAUUUAAAUAAAUAAUGUAUCUCUUAGUUUUUUGGAUACUCCUAAGAAUUUUUACAAAAUUACUAAUAUAUACAUGAAUUUAUGCCUGAUUUUAUUGCUUAAGUUCAUGAUGAAUUAAUAGAUUAAUUUAUUGAUUCUGGUUAUACAUAAUUAAUGAAAACUGGAAAAUUAACAUUCAUUUAAGACCCAUAAAAUUAUCUAAUGCCGAUUUAUAUUCAUUUGUAUAAUCCAAAUAGCUAAGAUGAUUUUACUUUGUAUUCUAUAAUAACAAAUUAAUUUUAAUAGUAAGAAUAUGUUUUAUUUGAUUCUGAAGGUAAAAUUUAGGGUAUUUCAAAAAAAUUUUUUGAGUACACAAAAUUCUAAAAGUCAUUUAUAUAAGAUAUCAACAUUUUUGAUAUAAUUAAUAGAGGAAGUAGUAUUUUGUAUUAUAUUCCUAAUAUUGGAAAUUUGAUAAAAGAAUUAAAAAAUAAUAUAGAUCAUUUUGUAAAUAAUUCUGUAAAUAAUAUAAAAUCAUAUUGGUAAUUUCCUGAAAACCAUUUAGAAUGCAUAUCGUAAACUUAAUCAUUGAUAAAUUAAUCUUAAAGGAUGGAUUUAGAAUAAAAUUUGAUUUACGGAUAAAACAUUAAGUUAUUGAACAAAGAUUAUCAACAAUUCUUUAUAAAUGCUAGUAAAAAAAGAUAAAACAAUCUAGAUUCAGUAGAUAAUCAGAUUGAAUUGUUACAUAAUUUUUAACUUUAUUUACUUAGAGAUCACGUAUUUUUUUUAAUUACAAUAAAAGAGUAUAAAUUAAUUGACUUUUCAAAGACACAAACAUCUAAUACGGUGCGUUAAGUUUAAAAUCCUUUUACAUCAUUCUCUACACAUAUCACUAAAUUGGAUUCUUUAAUGUCUGAAAGAUAAUUAACAACAGAUAAUGGUACAAUAUAGGAUAUUAAAUAAUUUUGUACAUUUUAACAUUCUUAAAUAGUUGAAAAAUUGUUUAAAGAUGAUGAUAUGAGUGGAAGAUUUGUAGUUGAUAUUUCCUAAAAGCAAUAAUUGAAUGUAAGUCAUAAUCAAUCAAAAUUACCUUUUUUAUCAAAUAGAUAAACUUUAUCAAACAGAUAGUUGUUAUAAACUGGUCAAGCAUCUGUAAGGAUGGUUUAGCCAUAAUUCCAUUUACCAUCUAUAGACUCAAAAAAAAGAAUUGAAGAUUACUAAUUAUAUGAGCUUGAAGUUGAUAUGAAAGAGAUUGCAGAUAUGGAAAUAGCUAAACAGAUUAAAGUGGUUUAAAAAGAACAGGGGGCUUCUAUUGAUAAAGAUGAAAAUAAUCUAUUUAAUCGUUACGAUAGUAAUGUUAAUGAGAAUUCAAUUAAGGUAUCUGAAAAAUAAAAUGAUACUGAAGUCUAGGCGUUAGUACAAAGUUAGGUAUAAUAAGGAUCUUAAUUGUAAAUGAUUUAAUUAAUUGUAAAUUUUAAUGGAUCUAUGAAAAUGGUUAAUAUAGGAUUAAUUUUAAAUUUAUUUUUGGCAAUAUGGAUUUUUAUUAUGCUUUUUGUGAACAGCUAUUUGGUUAAUAAUGAAAUUUAAACCUAUUUUGAUUAACUAACAAAUUGUAUAGCCUAUUAAAGUUUAUAAUUCUAUGUUGGUGUACCUUAUACGUUAAUGAUGUAAUUAUAAUUGAAUGAAAAUGAGAUUAUUAAUUUAAGUCCUGCAUUGUUGAAUAAUACAAUCAGUAAAAUACCAUUUUUUUAUGGGUUUUCUUAAUUACAACAGUCUUAAUUAUAAGGUAUAGUUUGCAGCUAAAAAAAAUAUUACAUUAAGUAUUUUGAUAAUAUAAAUGAUUGCUCAAAUUAUUUUAUAAAGUUUCAUACUGCAAUUUUAGAAUCAUAUCGAUAAUAUGAAGUUGAUGAAACUUUUAAUUAUGAUAUUUUUAAUAACAAUUCAUUCCAUAGAAGCUAAUCAUUUUAUGGUUAAAAAAUACUUUUAGAUACUUUAACCAAUUUUAUUAAUACUUUCUAAGAAGUUACACUAAAGGAUACAUUCCUAAUAUUGCUUAUGAUAAAUUUAUUAGUUGUAACAAUAAUUUACAUUUUAUAAUUUCAGAUGACAAAAUCUAAAUCAAAUUUAAAGCAAAAAUUUUAUUAAAUCUUGACUAGAUUAUCAUUUGAUGAAAUAGUUGAAUUGAUAGCUCGAUUUAGUUGUUUUAAAAUUGCUUUAAGAGAAAAUACAUGGAAAUUAAUCAAUUAUUAUGACAUGAUAAAUUACUCAAAUACAAUCAAGGAAAAAUCUAACUAAAAUAUUCAUAAAAAUUACAUUUAAUUAAAUGACUCAAAGCUUAGAAAAAAAACAGAUUUAUUUCAAAUAAUGAUAAUAUCUUCAUCAUUCUGUUGUUGGAUUCUCUUUUUUGUUUUAGGAUUUCUUCUAUUUUAUUUUUUAUUUUAAGAAUUCGCUCCUAGUUUCGGGAUUGCUUAAAAUUUUGUUGCUUUUAAAUAAAAACUUGAUAUCUCUUUAAGUAUUGGAUUUUGGAUAAAAACUGAACCCUUAAACAAUAUGAAAAGGAACUUAUCAGAAUAAUAAGAAAUGAUUAGCUUAUUUUUGGAUUUAACAAACAGCUUAUAAGUACUGUUAGAUGAAAUUUCAACAGACUUAGUAAAAUCUACAUAUUUAAAUGAAGAAAAGAUGAAGAUAAUACAAUAGACUUUAAAUUUAGAUUUAUGCCCUACUUAUUAAUAUCUCUUUUGUUAUCCUGAUAAAUUAUCAAAACUACCUUACUAUGAUUCAGAAUCUUAUGCAACGAUUUUAUCAGGAGGUAUAACAGGAUUUGUUGCAUAGAUUUAUAAAUAUUCAGUUUCAGAAUUUGCAAUUGAAAAAGAAACAUUAUAAUAUUCUCCUUAUCUUGAUUAAUUGUAAUUGUAAGUGUAAGAAUAGGUUUUUAAGAAUAUUUUUAUUUAAUACAUAUAAGAUAUUUAAUUCACAAUGUACAAUCUCUUUGCUGAGUUUAAUGAUGGGAAUUCAUAUGCUGGUGAAACUCUUCUAUCUUACAUGAACUAUUAUAGUUUUGGGUUUGGUAUAAGGUAUUGAAUAAGUUUAAAAUAAUAGUCUGAUUAUAAUUUAUAAUUUAAUCGAUUUCAUACGGAUUAGAUAAAGUGUAAAGGAAUUAGAUUAAUUAAAAUUUAUCCUAUUAGUUCUGCCAGAGUAAAAAUUUGAAAACUAAAUUAUCAAAUAAAAGAUAAUAGAAAUAAGCUAAUAUUUUUAUUGA